GUGUCUCUGUUCGUUUCCGUUUCCGCGCACUUUUCCUCUGUGUGUGUGUGUGUGUGUGUGUGUGUGCGGUGGUUCUCAGCGCUCCUAGCGGGUUGUUGUAAUGGGGGAGAUGGAGUGUGAGGAGCGGCCCGAGGCCCGGGCGGACGGAGGAGUCCUCAAACUUCUACUGAAUAAAGAACUGCUCGGGUCCAGGAAGGGACAACUCCUACUGACCGAAGUGAUUUCAUCCUUUAUCAGUUUCGUGUGUUUUUGUGCUUCGACAGCAGCAUCGUUUGUCACCGCGCCUCUCCUGGCCUUCAUCGCCGCUCUGCUCAUCCUCUUCGCUCACGCCAUCAAAUUUCACCAAAGAUUUAAGGGCUUUCACUGGCCACUGAUGGAUUUUCUGCGCUGCAUCACCUCCUCCAUCGUCUUCUUCAUCAUCUCCAUCAUGGCCGUGUCAAAAUAUCCAGACGGAUCGUCCAAAGCUGCAGGAAUAUUUGGGUUCGUCGCCACCAUCGUGUUUGCGUUGGAUUUUUAUUUCAUCUUUAACGAGCUCGCUGCUUUCCUGAAGGCCGGCGACUCUAACGAGGAACCUCAGGACAAAGAGGACGCAGACUCGGACGAAGACUCGGAUUAAAGCUGGGAGCUGAAGGAUCCGAGGGGGAGGAGGGGGGAGGGGGGAGGGGUGGGGUGGGCGGUUAGGGCUAGGAGGGGGAGGUUGGGCGCUCCAGCCCGAGGGCACAAACACAGACUGUGGAGGUUUACAGUCAGCCUCAAGAUUGCUAAUGGAAAACACACACACACACACACACACACACACACACACACAGAAACUCUGUCUCACUUGAUAAUCUAAAUGUUUAUAAAGCUGAGCUGGAACACCGUUUACCCAGAAUGCAUUGCUGAUGUUCUCUAAUUAGAUCUGAGGGCGAAGUUUAAACGCUGCUUGACUUGGGAAGACUCUCACACACACAUACACUCUUACACUCUUGAUGUCUGCAUGCGUAUUACAAAUACUGUGAUGUAUGAAUAUGUAUGACUAUGCAAAUUAGGAAGCUCACUAACAUAUUAAGGUAGCACAAUUAUAAUAAUAAUAAUAAUAAUAAUAAUACAUUUUUUAAUCGCCCUGCUCUAUUAUUAUCUGCCAAUAAGUUGAUUGGAAUUUAGUAGAAAACACUGUUUUGUGUUGUUGGUCUGUGUGUAAUUGACCUAUUGUGACCUAUUGACCUUUAACCUUCUUGGUUUAUGGUAAUUCAGGAUGAUGCAUUAGCGCCACCUAUAGGCCUCACCCUCCCUGAUCGCACCUUUGAUCUAAAGCCGCGAGUAUGAAGCUCUACACUCGAGCUAGGACUCCUCCGUUUCUACACAGAACGCUGUGACAACCAGACUGAAGAACUUUACAGAGUUUCAUUUUUUUAAAUCAGUGAAAUAUUUUAUCUACCAACAGUCUGUUUUACAUUUUAAUAUAGGAAGCUUUUUAAACAAUGCUGUGUGUGUGUGUGUGUUUUGCAUAGUUUCUGUGAUAUACAGUAUGUGAUGCAUAUCUGUUACGUGUACAGUAUAUAACAGACGCGUGUGUGUGAAGGAUUUGCUAAACUGACCACUGCUUUAUUUUUUUGCACCAAAAAUCUGAAUUAUAACUGAGUUGAUGUGAAGUGUGAAUGUUUGUCCUGACAGACGGGUGUCUGGUCACAUCCCACUGUUCGAUCACAUGUGUUUGCGUGUAUUUGUGUGCCCGUCCCAGUGACUGUAUAUAUUACCCCCAUCGUCUGGUUCGAAAGUCUUCAUUAGUCUAAUAGCGAUUCUCCAGCGCACGACUCGUAGCUUAAAGUGGCUCUUUGAGUCAAAGCGGAGAAUGCAGCGUUACUAACUAACACGUGACAUGCUCAGCUCAUAAAGUCAGACAGUCAAGUGUAAAUUAUUAUAGCCUAGCUAGCGUAGCAUGUAGCUGCCUUGUUUUUGCCUGCGCUUUAGUUUACUCAUGUUUUUGCUGGUUAUAAUAUCGGCCCAGUGAGCUGCAGCUUAGACUCAGGAUGAACUGGAAUAACUGCGUGAAGUUCCACACUGAGGGUCUGUUAGAAUCGUUUCCAGCAGAACACAACACAGCUUUAUUACAGAACUUCACGUGUGUAUUCAUGAGUCUCUUUAUCAUCACCUCAUUAAUCACGGCCUUCACAAAAAAAAAACUUUAUUUAUCAUGAGGAAAUGAUUUGGGGUGAUAUCAGUGUCAACUGAACGUAAUAAACUUAAGUGCUAUUACUUAGCCGAGCGAGUGUGUCUCACAUCUCGUUCUCUAACAUUGUAAAGGGGCGGGGUUUACGCUGUACUGCAGUCAGCCACCAGAGAGCACCAGAGACAUCACAGCUUCUAGCCGCUGGUAUAUCCAGUCACUGGUCCGUCUCUAUAACGCCUCUAUAACUCCUGCGUUCUCUGUGACACUGCUCCGUACGUCACUGUGAGCGGCUCACUUCAUUAUUGUUGAUGCUGUUGCAUGAUUUACAUCAUUUCAUUUUAGUUCAUGCUUAAUGUCUCAGUAUUUUCUGUUUGUUUAAAAUUGGUUUGUUUAAUAAAACAAUACGAAAUGUAAA